UACGACUACCUCUUCAAGCUCCUCCUCAUCGGUGACUCCGGUGUCGGAAAGUCUUGCUUGCUCCUUCGUUUCGCCGACGACACCUACACCGAGUCCUAUAUCUCCACCAUCGGUGUCGACUUCAAAAUCCGCACUAUCGAGCUCGAUGGCAAGACCGUGAAGCUUCAGAUCUGGGAUACCGCCGGCCAAGAACGUUUCCGUACCAUCACCUCUUCCUACUACCGUGGCGCCCACGGUAUCUGCGUUGUCUACGAUGUCACGGAUAUGGACUCCUUCAACAACGUGAAGCAAUGGCUUCAGGAGAUUGACCGUUACGCCACCGAGGGUGUCAACAAGCUCCUCGUCGGCAACAAGAGCGAUAUGACCGACAAGAAGGUCGUCGAGUACACAGUCGCCAAGGAAUUCGCCGACAGCCUGGGCAUUCCCUUCCUCGAGACCUCCGCCAAGAACGCCAGCAACGUCGAGCAAGCUUUCCUUACCAUGGCCCGCCAGAUCAAGGAGCGCAUGGGCAGCUCCAUCGCCACCAACAACACGAAAGCCAGCGUCAACGUCUCCCCCGGCCACGGCGUCUCCAACAACUCUUCCGGCGGCUGCUGCUAA